AUGUGUAAGAAUCAGCUGCAAGAGCUUGCACAGAGGAGCUGCUUUAGCCUACCAUCAUAUACCUGCAUAAGAAAAGGCCCAGAUCAUGCUCCAAGAUUCAAAGCUUCAGUGAACUUCAAUGGCGAGAUAUUUGAAAGCCCCACUUAUUGCUCCACUCUCAGACAAGCUGAGCAUGCAGCUGCAGUAGUUGCCCUUAAUGCUCUUUCUUCCAGAGGCCCUUCAAAGUCCCUAACUGCUAGAGUUCUAGCAAUUUGUAAGGACGAGACUUGUAUUUACAAGAAUCUGCUUCAAGAAAAAGCCCACAGGGCUGGUCUUGAAUUGCCUGUGUACACAAAUGUGAGGUCAGGUCCUGGUCACACACCAACUUUCUCUUGCACUGUGGAGCUCGCUGGCACGAGUCUCUCAGGCGAACCCGCGAAGACUAAGAAGCAAGCUGAGAAGAAUGCUGCCAUUGUAGCUUGGUCCGCCUUGAGAAAAGUUCGAGCUUUGGACUCUUUAGUAGCAGAGGAAGGUGAAGAAAAGGAACAUGAAGCAGUUGCAAGGGUUCUCUCAAGUUUUAGACCCAGAGAUGUGAAAAGAAGAGGGCCACACCAAUCAAGGGGAAGAAGAACAGUCACAGGAACAGGAAGUCACAGAGACACAAACACUGUUUUGCUGAGUGAGAAACUGAGAUCGAUCAAUCUGUUGAGCAAUGAAGCUUCAUCUUCACAGAAACACCACCAAACCAGUUUGAUCUCUCUAAUUCCACCACCAAAAUCCUCCAACAUUCUCUCAAACGCUUCCUCAAGGGAUUUUUCUUCAAUUAAACCCUUGGCAAUAACCGUUCAACAACAAUCCAAAGGCAAAUCACAAGACAAAUCUCAAGAAUAUGCUGAGAAACAUCACUAUGCUAAGCCAGAAAUGAACAUCAAGUCGUUUCCUUGGCCUAGGGCUCAUCAUGAAACCGCACCCAAUGAUUCAUCAACCCAGAGAAACGGAUACAGUAAGCUCUUGCCGUUGUCCGACAAGGCAACAACUGCAGGGGUUUUCUACAGAAGCAGUGGAAUGCACACAGGAGGGCUUAGCUUAAACCCUCAUAGAAUGGCUCCGACAGUGCAAAUCAGAUCAGUGAUUCCGGUUUGUGCAGCUCCAUCACCUCCACAACCAACGAAACCAAUCCCUAAUCUGACAGCAUCACCAUCAUCUUCACCAGCCAAUGCAUCCGCAUCGUUGUCCUUGUUAUGUUGUUGCAAGUGGCAUGAGCUGCGGAUGCGCAAAUUAGGUUUUACCAAAAUCAUGAUUAGGCGGAAGAGAUGAUGGAUGGGUUGCAUUCAGAUUUACCACUUGUUCGUCUUUCGAGUCCGAAUUUCACGGCCUGACAUGAAUUAGGUACGCUGCAUUGUACGUAGACCAUAGAGAGAGAGAGAGUAUUAAAUGGCGGAAGAGAAGACGAUGGCAUUGGCAGAGAUGAGAUGAAAGAAAAUAUUAAAUGGCUUUUGCCAUCACCAUUAAUUAGGGGUGGCCAUUUCGGUUAUUAACCGAAUAACCGAACCGAACCGAACUGAAUAAGACA